AUGGUAGCAGAACCAGAAGCAACAUCCUCUCCAUUGCAGCAACAACAACGACAACAGCAACAGCAACUUCCUACACUCACAUCUGAUUCCACAUGUACCUAUCACGGCCAUUCCAUCAAUCUACACGUGGGCUUGACACAUGACUCGUGUCUAUUGUUUGACCCUUCCGAUGUGAGUUUGGUGAGAAAGACCAUCACUGGAUUGGUGGGGACCAAUGGAGCUGGCAAGAGCAGUUUGGCCAAGGUUCUUGCUUCGAAACAAAUUCCCAACUUUCCACAAGCAUCACUGUCGAUUCAAUACGUUUCCUCCCACGAAGCCUAUGCCUUUGACGAAGCAGAGUUUGGGAAUAUGAAACCCCGAGAAUACAUGGCGUCCAUUGCCCAAGAAAAGAUUGUUUCGUUGAGUCGUCAAAUUGAACAACUGGAGAGAAAGUUGGAGACUGGCGAUCCCGAGGUGGACGUGGAAGAUAUGGCCGUUGAAUUGGCCGAACUCUACGACAAACAAGAAGAAUUGGAGACUUUGUCGGACAUUCAAAUUCAAAAGACGAUUGAACAAUUGGGAUUUGAUAGAUUUUUGGACAAGCCAGUCUCGCAAUUAUCCUGUGGGUGGAGGUACAAAUGCCGUUUGGUUGCGGCCUUUACCUCGAGACCCGACAUUUUGAUCAUUGAUGAGCCUUCCUUUUUGGAUCAGACUUCGACGGAUUGGUUGAUUGAAAAAACCAAGGAUGCCGCACUCCACGGCAAUACCAUGGUAUUAAUCAUAUCCCACAAGGAAGUUCUGUUGGAGAAAUUGUGCGAUCGCAUUUGGUACAUUAAUUCGGCCAAUCACAAACUCUCCAUGUACCAUUGUGGCUAUGAGAGUUUCAAGGCGACGCAUCAGGCAGACAUGGACCAUGCGGCCAAGACGAUUGAUGCCUUUGAUUCCAAAAUGAAAUCGGCCGAAUCGAGCCUCAAAACAAUCCGGACUCAACUCGACAAGCGAGAAGCCAACUUGAAACAAAAGACGACGCAAAACGCGGACAAGCGGUUCAUCAAGGGCAAAAAUAAGGAAGCCAAACAAAAGGCGGACAAGUCGGCGGCUUCCAAGCUGAAACAACUCAAACACGACGUUUCAGAUUUGGAAGAAAUCAAACACCAAGCUCAAAGAGAACGCACCAAGCAACUCAAGCUCGAAGGAACUUGUUCGAGUGGUACUUUGGCACUGUUCCAGGAAGUGUCGUUUCGAUACGACGAGCGGGAUCCAUUGAUGUUUCAAUACAUGGAUGCAAGGAUUGACGCCACGGAUCGCAUACUAUUGAAAGGCGCCAAUGGAGCUGGAAAAAGUACCUUUCUAAAAUUGGCACUUGGAGAGUUGGAACCGACAGAAGGAAGCAUUACGAGAAAUGUUCAAGCACUUUACUUUCCACAAACAUCGCUCAUUGAAAUGACCAUUCAGCAUGGAAAUGAAACCGCCUUGGACUAUUUGUGGCAAAAAGACAAAAACUUGACACAAGCGGCUGCCCGGCAUCAUUUGGGAUUCUUUGGAAUCCCCAAUGUGGCUUUACGAAAAAUCUAUUCAUUGAGUGCAGGUCAGCGAGUCCGUUUGUGGUUGGCCCAACAACAAUUGGGCGGCAAGCUACCUAGCCUGCUGAUAUUAGACGAGGUGUCGGAAAAUUUGGAUGUGGAUACGAAGAAUUCAUUGUUGGAAGUGUUGAAUUCCUUUGUAGGUUCGACCAUUGUUGUGUCGCACGACGAAGACUUUUGCACACAAUUUCAACCCUCACAGAUUUGGACAAUUGAAGAUUGUGGUCGGCUCCGUGUAGAAUUUCCAUCCUACUAG